CUGACGUCAGGUGUGAUGUCAGUGGGGUCCUUUCAGCCUAGAGAAUUUCACCGCAAGCAUGAGUUAUGCCUGUAUUUCACUUGUUCUGCUGUUAUUUAGUCCUGUGAAAUCUGAAGUAAAUGAGGAGGUUAGGCAUCCCGAGCAAGAGAUCCAUAACGCAGCAACAUUGGUUGAAAAUAAGUUGACAGAGGAGGCGGAUUCUGCAUUUGGAGAUCGCUUUGAUGAGGAGCUGGUGAUCCAUCCCUUGCAGUCUGGAGAUGUUUAUGCCAAUUUCCUGUUUCGUACAAGGUGGGAUCUGGAUCUUCUGCAGCCAGGAAGCAAAGUCUCUCACUACAGGCUAUUUCCAAAGUCCCUUGGACAAGUGAUCUCUAAAUAUGCAGUCCGGGAACUCCACCUGUCCUUCACACAGGGCUUCUGGCGCACUCAGGCUUGGGGAGAGCCUUUCCUGCAGGCACCUGCUGGAGCAGAACUCUGGGUCUGGUUCGAUGAGACCAACAAUGACAUAGAUAGGUCUUGGAAAGAGCUCACAAAUGUUCUGUCUGGAAUAUUUUGUGCUUCUCUGAACUUCGUUGAUUCAACUAACACUGUCAGUCCAACAGCUUCCUUCAAGCCACUGGGAAUAGUGAACGUAACUGAUCACAAGUUCCUGAGACAUGCUGUCCUGCCAAGGGAAAUUGCCUGCACUGAAAAUCUUACUCCUUGGAAGAAGCUGUUACCAUGUGGGUCAAAGGCAGGCCUAGCAACUUUGCUGAAGGCAGAACGUCUGUUUUAUACCAGCUACCACUCUCAAGCAGUGCACAUCAGACCCAUCUGCAAGGACUCUGAUUGUUUGAGUACCUCUUGGGAGCUUACACAGUCUCUUUCCGUUGUUCUCGAUGUCCAUACUAGUGGACAAGGAAAAAAAGAAUGGUCCUUGUUUAAAAUGUUUUCUCGUACCGUGACUGAAGCCUGCCCCCUUGCAACUCGAAGCACUAUUUAUGUAGACAUUACCAACAAUGACCAGGAAAAUGAAAUACUUCUAACACCAACUCCUGUUGGUCAGACUGAAGCUACAGUCCAUGGAAGCAAAAGAACAUAUGCAGUGUAUGACUUAUUCCAACCACAGCUCUACAGUGCAUCUCGCAGUGUCAAUGUCAUCUUGAAGUGGAAACAGCGGCAAGAGUUGUCUGUGGUAUCAGUCCCUCUACUGUAUGCAGAGCGGUAUGUAAGUGGAUAUGGACUACAGACAGGUGAAAUAAACACUCUAAUAUACAACAACCAUGCCUUCCGAGCAUUCCCUGUACUGCUGAUGGAGACUGUGCCCUGGUACCUACGACUGUAUGUCCAUACCCUCACCAUUAUCACCAAGGGCAAGGAGAAUAAACCAAGUUACAUCCAUUAUGAACCUGCUAAGGAUCGUAAACGCCCACACCUUUUGGAGAUGUUGAUUCAGCUGCCAGCAGGUUCUGUUACCAAGAUCACAAUCCAGUUUGAGAGGGCACUUCUGAAGUGGACAGAAUAUCCCCCAGAUCCGAACCAUGGUUUUUAUGUCAGUUCAUCUGUCCUUAGCGCCUCGGUGCCAAGUGUCGUCAGCAUGACUGCAUAUGACGGUGACAAUAUACCUAUGUCCACCAAGAUAUUCCCCUUCUCUGAUGACUCUUCCUAUUUUGUACGUCUGUACACGGAGCCGUUACUCGUGAACCUUCCCACUCCAGACUUUAGCAUGCCUUACAAUGUCAUCUGUUUGACCUGCACUGUGGUUGCAGUGGGCUAUGGUUCCCUUUAUAAUCUCCUCACUCGGACUUUCCAGAUUGAUGAACAGAGUGGCAGCAGACUAACUGUACGGCUGGCAAACUUCAUCCGCCGAAUGCGAGGUGUACCUCCACUGUAAAGGCAGGCUGACAGGCCACAACAUCUUGAUUAGAAGCACAGCCUACAUAUUUUUAUGUAUAAAAUGAGAGCUGGAAUAAUGAGAAAAAAGUAUUAAUUUGUAGCCUUGUAGCCUGUGUUGUCUGUUUCCCAUUUACUGACUGAAGCAGUCAUGAGUGAUUCAUUCCUCAUUGUUUCAAUGCAAGGAUUAAAGUAAUGAAUUGUGUAAA